GGCGGGGAUUGCUCGCGGCUUUUCUGGGGGGCCCUUGGCAAGGAUUAUCCUGAGUCUACUAGGACGGCCCGCCCUGGGCUGAGACGCUUCCGGCUGCCUCUUCCAGGCCGUGGCGAGAGCCAGCGCUUCUCUCCGUACCUACCUCGUCAGCACUCUAUUCUCCUUUCAUAGGAAGAUUAAGAAAGAAGGGAUGGCUACGGAUUUGCUGCCUGCUCAGGUGACAGAGUCUGUGACAUUCAGGGAUGUGGCUGUGCUCUUUAGCCAGGAUGAGUGGUUGCAUCUGGACUCUGCCCAGAGAACCUUGUAUCGGGAGGUGAUGCUGGAGAAUUACAGCAGCCUGGUCUCACUGGGGAUUCCAUUUUCAACACCUAAGGUGAUUAGUCAGUUACAACAAGGAGAAGAUCCCUGCAUGGUGGAAAGAGAAGUUCCUCCAGACACAUGUCCAGAUUUCAAGACUUUGCCUGAGAUAGAAGCAUUUCCUGCCUCACAGAACAUUUUUAUUGAAGCAACAACUCAUGGAAUAAUAAAGAAAAAGUCCACCAAGUAUGGUCCCUGGGACAUCAACUUUGGGGAAGCUGUAAAAUCUGUAAAAUCUGAGAGCAGCAUAGUACAGGAGGAACCUCUUAGGGAAAUGGCAGCCUCCUCCAAGAAAACUAUCAACAGAGAUGAAAACCCUACAAGUCUUGAGCUAGAGAAAGGCUCAUUUGUAAAUAAAAUUAUUGUUUCACAACAGAGUAUUCCCAUAGAAAAGAUACCCAAUAUGUAUUACACGUUUGGGAAAGAUUUUACACAAAAUUUUGAUAUAAUGAGAUGCUUCCAAAUCUACCCAGGAGCAAAACCUCAUGUCUGUAAUGAAUGUGGGAAGAGCUUCACCCAGAGUCUUCAUCUUCUGGAACACCAGAGAAUUCAUACCGGGGAGAAACCCUAUAAGUGUAAUGAGUGUGGGAAAGCCUUCAGCCACAGGUCAUCCCUUCUUACCCAUCAGAGAAUUCAUACUGGAGAGAAGCCUUACAAAUGUAAUGAAUGUGAGAAAGCUUUUAGCAGCAGUUCAACUCUGAUCAAACAUCUGAGGGUACACACUGGAGAAAAACCCUACCGAUGUAGAGAAUGUGGUAAAGCCUUCAGCCAGUGUUCAACCCUCACCGUACACCAGAGAAUUCAUACUGGAGAGAAACUCUAUAAAUGUAAUGAAUGUGAGAAGGCCUUCAACUGUAGAGCCAAACUUCAUAGACAUCAAAGAAUCCAUACAGGUGAGAAACCAUAUAAAUGUAGUGAAUGUGGGAAAGGUUACAGCCAGUUUGCCUCCCUAGCUGAACAUCAGAGACUCCAUACUGGAGAACAACUAUGUCAAUGCUUGGAAUGUGGGAGAACUUUCACACGCAUCUCCACCCUUAUUGAACAUAGGCGAAUUCAUACUGGAGAGAAACCCCAUCAGUGUAAUGAGUGUGGGAAGACCUUCAACCAGUAUUCAUCCUUUAAUGAACAUCGUAAAAUUCAUACUGGGGAAAAACUUUAUACAUGUGAAGAAUGUGGAAAAGCCUUUGGUUGCAAAUCCAACCUUUACAGGCAUCAGAGAAUCCACACUGGAGAGAAACCCUACCAAUGUAAUCAGUGUGGAAAGGCGUUCAGCCAGUAUUCAUUCCUAACUGAACAUGAGAGAAUCCACACUGGAGAGAAACUCUAUAAGUGUAUGGAAUGUGGGAAAGCCUACAGUUACAGAUCAAACCUCUGUAGACACAAAAAAGUCCACAAUAAAGAAAGACUCUAUAAAUAAUAUGGAAAACCUUUUAUCUAUGUCUCCUCCCUUACUCAGUACCAGAGAUACCUGAGAGGAGAGAAGCCUAUGAACUUUAAUUCAUCUCUCUCAUAAUUCAGGACUUUUCACUGGACAAUAAUCAGGAGAAUAGUAAAUAAGGCACAAACUCCUAGUAGAUUUAAUCUCUUUACUUUUGUAGCAAAAAGACUAGUUACCACUAAAUGAAAUAUAUGAAGAGUGCUGACUUGUCAUUUUAUAAGAACCAUUGAAUUCUAAGGUUUCUAAAACUUUUCAUUUUUUUUAAAUUUGUAGAAAAAGUAUAAAAGGCUUCACUUAAAAAAAACAUAAAUAGUAGUUGAAUAUAAGUUUUCUUUCUCAUUAGAUCAUAAUCUCUAAGAGUAAGCUUUGGUGUGUGAGUUUCCUUUUAAAAAUAGUCAUUGAGUUAAUAAUAUGAAUAAGUGUGGGGCCUCAUUUCUAAAAAUGGCAGGUUCAUGUCAGGUUUGGUGGCACAUACCUGUAUUCCCAGCAACUUGGGAGCCUGAGGCAGGAGGAUCACAAAUUCAAAGGCAGCCUCAGCAAUUUAGCAAGGCCCUAAGCAACUUAGUGAGACCCUGUCUUAAAAUGAAAAUAAAAAGUUUUGGGAAGGGGAUGUGGCUCUGUGGUUAAGUACCCCUGGGUUCAAUCCCUAGUGCCACAAACAAAACAAAUAAAAAUGGCAGGUCCACAUAGGUAGUGUUCUAUUAAUAAAGAGAUGCUAAAGAUAAAAAGGAAUUCUUUAAUCUUUCAUGUGAAAAUAACAAAACCCUUUUUGCCCCAUAAGCAAGUUAAAAGUAUAUGUGUGUGUCUACACACACAUACAUUUAUGUAUACACCUGUACAGUCGUGUGUAUGUAACAGUGGGUAUGUGUUUUGAAAAAUGCAUUGUUAGACAAUGCAUUGUGUCGUUACACAAACCUUGAUGAUCUAGAUCAAUUUGUAUGCCCUCUUGAUGCAAUCAAGAAAUGUGGACAAACAUAAGAUACACGGGGCUGCUAUGGUGUAACACGGCAUACUGUUUGGUAGUAUUUUUUUAAUAAGUAGAAGGUAUAUAAAAUUACAAGAAGUAUAGUAUAGUAAUAUGUAAACCAGUAACAGUUGUUUAUCAUUAUUAUCAAAUAUUAUGUAUUUUAAUAAUUGUAUGUGCUAUACUUUUUUCUGACUGGCAGCGCAGGUUUGUUUGUACCAGCAUCACCACAAAUGAAUCAUGUGCUAACAUGUUACAACAACUGUGACCUCAUGAUAGCCUGCAGUGCCACUGAGUGGUAGGAAUUUUUCAGUUACAUCAUGAUUUUAUGAGACCACAGUUGUAUAUUGGUCCAUCAUUAACCAAAACAUCAUUGUGUAGCACAUGACUGUAUACACAUCUGUAUGUAUACAUAUGCAUGUGUGUGUAUACAUAUCAAGAGUUUUGGAAAUUUUUUUCAAAAGUCCUUAACAAUUACAAAAUACAGACUUACUAAUUUAGAAUUUAGUUUUUAAAAUUAAAAAUUUGCCCAAAGAGCAAAAUUGCUUUCCUCUAUUAGUUCUCAAAUUGAUAUGGUUUUAUAUGGCUGAAUAGAGUCUUAUAGUAUUAUAGGAGGUGGAGUAAACUGAUGUAGGUGGAAAGACUGUCAUGCAAAUACUUUCUUUGUUGUAGAGAGUAAACAUUUGACAUAAUUUCAUUCUCUACACCUGGUAGCUUAUAAGAGCCAGGAGAAAUUUAGUUUAAUUUAAUUAUAACCUUUCAUUUUACUAAUGAAUUGGAGUUCAGUGGGCAGAGUUAAGAAUAGAAUUGAGAUCUUCAACUCUGGUGUUCUGUGAUAAUUUAUUUCCAUCAUCCUCUAAUCCAGAGAGCACUCUUUGUUUUGUAACCUGGUUAGAUGCAAUUGCAAUAAUUUAAUCAGUUGUCUUUUUAUCUUUGAGGGUUCCUCCUCACUAAAAUCUUAAUAUUUGACUUGUAAUCAUAGUCCUUUUUCUUAAGAGCCUCUGAUUGUACCUGUGUUUAUAGUAACUAUUUAAAUACCCAAAUCCAGCUAAGGUCCAGAUGGUAUAGUUGUUUGGGGGUAUUUGCUAUAUAUACGGUUUCAUUUUUAUUACACCUUUUUUUAAGGAAUUCUUAUGUGUAAAGUUAAGUAUAUUAAACAUUCCAUUCAUCACUUAAACAUCUAAUUUCCCCAGGCUUAUUUCCUUCAAUUCCACAUUUAACAGUUGGUGUUAUUUAAAAAUUGUUCUAGUUCAAUUAGCUAGACCUUAUAUAAUUCUUAAUUAACUUGUUUUAGUUCAUCAUAAAGUGUAAUUUUAUGUAUUUAGUGUAUUUAUAUUUGCAAAGAAAGUAAGGCUUUUAAACAGACCUCAAUACUUAACAUUUUACCCAAUACAGUUAAUAUACUUAAUACCCAAAUUUUGGUUUCUAAAUGCCAUUCCCCAUUAAAAGGGUUCUUUGGAGAAAUAACUGAUUCCAUGAUUGGAGCAGAGGAAGUAUAAGGUAUGCCUGGAAUAUCAUUUUAUGAAAAAAAUACAUUUUACAAGUAGCAUUUGAGGGUUAAUAGGGGGACAUCAAGAAGGACACAAGAGCCAACUUGAGGGUACUCCCACUGGCCAAAUUUAGGAUAACUUAACCAUCAAAAAGAUUAAUCAUUGUAAUUGGUUGUAAUGCACUGAGAAGAAAAAGCUCAACAAUGAAACAGACAAAACUUUUCAUAAAAUUAUUUGAAGAAUACCAUUUUCAAAUAUACAUAGAACAAUAGACUUAGGAAAAUUAAGGAACAUUGUUUACAUGAUGUCGACCCCAGAUACCAAUUCAAAAAGAAAAAGAAAAAGAAAAAAUUUGUUUUUAUAAUGAGAUCUAGUUAUUAAACUGAGUUUCACUACUUAUGUGAAAAACUGACAGGUGGCUUCUGAUGAGAUGUAAAAUGAAGCAUAAAUAAUCAUCUACAAUGUACUGCCAAAUGUUUAAGGAAAAUCAAAUCUACCAUCUAGACUUAUCUUCCUGUUCAUAAGAAAUACAAGUAGAGGAAUAAGUUUAAUUACAGAGUCAAAAAAUAGACAAAUCUAGUGUUGGGAACUUUAUAUAAGACAACUGAUUUAGACUUUUCAAAAAGUCAAGUAAUAAAAGGUAGACUCUUCUAGAUUAAGAUACCCAAGUUACACAAAUGCAAAGUGUGAUCCUUUAUUGAUUUCUGACUCAAAAAAAAUAAAAUGGCUAUAAAAAGACAUUGGGGGGAUAUUUUGGGGAAACAGAAUAGAAAGGAUAUUAGAUAAUGUGAUAUGUUUAAUUUUCUUAGAAGUGAUGAUGGUAUUGAGGUUAUAAAGGAUAAAGCCCUUAUAUUUAGGAGAUGUAUAUGGAAGUUUUUAAGUUUGAAAAGUCAUGACUGCAGGAUAUUUUCAAAUAAAUAUGUAAAAAUACUAGCUGUUGUUGAACCUUUGUGUUGUAUAUAUGGAUAUUCAUUAGUCAUCAUUUAAACUUGUAUGUUUAAAUUCCUAAUAAAAACUGAGGCAAAAAGUGAUUGGAUAAAAUGAUGAUUAUGAAGGCUCCAGUCAGAAUUUACCCUCUAUAUUCAGAGAGUUCCAGUUUGAGAGUUUGUCUUCCAGGGAUAUAAUCAUUAGAAGUAAAAUAACUUUGAAUUUAUACUGUCUCCACUUUAAAUGAAAUAGGUACACACCACCUUCUUUCUCUUACUGAGUAUAACUAAUGCUUGGGGCAGGUGUCCAGGGACCCUGAGAAGUAAUGACAGCAGGCAUAUUUGAGAAGGAAACCA